AUGGCAUUUCAGGCUAGUGAACAAGUUCUUCUAAAGGUGUCACCCAUAAAGGGGGUAAUGAGAUUUAGUAAGAAGGGCAAGCUUAGUCCUCGAUAUGUUAGAUCAUUUGAGAUUCUUGACUGUGUAGAGCCAAUGUCUUAUAGAUUGGUCUUACCCCCUAGAUUAUUCGGAGUUUAUCUAGUGUUUCAUGUGUCCAUGUUGAAGAAGUAUCAUGGUGACAAAGAUUACAUCCUAAAAUGGGACUCAGUGUUGUUAGACAAGGACCUUCAGUAUAAGGAGGAACCGAUUGCAAUUCUUGACCGUGAUGUCCGAAAGCUGAGGACCAAGGAGAUUAAAUCCGUGAAAGUUCAAUGGAAGCAUUAUCCGAUUAAGAAAGCUACUUGA